GAGAUAGGUACCUACAGCUGGGGUUCUGUAGCACUGGCAUGGUUGUACCGGUGCAUGGGCCGAGUGGCGAACAGACAUGUGGUCAAGUUAGCGAGCCCACUUCAGCUACUUCAGUCUUGGAUCUUCUGGCGAUUUCCUCGGUUUAGGCCUGCCGGGUAUGAGACGUUCAGCUGGCCAUUGGCCUCGAGGUGGUCAGGUUACAACCCUUCCGGUAGCGAGAAGGGUCCUAGAGUGCAGAUGUGGAGGCUGCGGAUAGACCGGUUACAGGACAGGGAGUUUAUCUGGAUGCCGUACAGCAGCCUCGACGUACUUCAGGUUGUGCAUCCAGAGGUUUUGGAGCCUCGGCAUAUGGCGUUGUGGCGGUCUGUGACGUCGCUGAUCUACUUUGCCGUCAUAGAGUGGCAUCAGAUAGAUAGGGUUCUUCCACAGUUCGGAAGGGUGCAGCCACGUCCGAAUCCCGCCCUGAACAUCGACUUUCUGAUGUGGAAGGACGGCAGAGGCGGUGAUCGAUGAUUCCCGUACCAUUUGCAGAAGUGGCAUCUCUAUUGGGACUCUCGUGUGGAGACCGUGCUGAGGUUCGAUGUUGUUGCCGACCCUGGACCGUCGCAUGAGUUCCUCGAGUGGUGGAGUCAGCAUGGAAAGAGGUUUCUGUCUCCGGAAAUGCACUU